AUGCAUCAGCCGGGGUUACCCAGAAGGAGGAUCUCACACGAAUUUUUCUUGUUUUGCCCCAACAUUCCUCCUGCGGAGGAGGAGGAUGAUGACGACGAUGAUGUCAGCGACGGCGGCGGCUACGGACACGGCAACGGUGGCCGACGAAGAAAGAAGUCCCGCACGGAGGCGUUUUCUGCGGUUCCCGUGGGGGCGCAGGCGUACUUCAACAGCCAGGCGGGGGUGGGGACGCUGGCGGUCAUCCCCGGGGGAAUAGCCAACGCCUCCUCCGUCGCGGGGUGCAAGAGCACGAAGCAGAAGGUCGUGCGGAAACGCGGGUGGCACGCGCGCAACAGGUACACCCGUGUCGCCAAAGAGGGUCGUCUGGUCGAAGAGAGGGACGCGCGAAAGCGAGCACGGGCCGAACAACAACAAAGAGGAGGGGCCGGAGCCGACAGCGGGGACUCCACAGAUGAGGAAGAGGAAGAAGAAGGGGUGGGGGGGUGGGGGGGUGGCGGCGGUGUUGGAGCCGGCGUCUACGGGGGGGAAGGGGAGGAUGCUUACGCCAAGCUGGAGGAGCUCUUGAAGGCAGCACAGGACCCCGUGCGCGACAUCGUGGACGCCGCUUCUUCGAAAGCCGAGAAGAAGUUCCCCCGCUGGAAGAGCGAGCUAGACUGGGGGUGGAGCCUCAUGUUCUACGGGGUCGGCAGCAAGCGGGAGCUGUUGACCAAGUUCGAAGACUACGUCGACGAGCACAACGUAACCAACGGGGGAGCGGUGGUUGGGUACGACGGGUUCCACGCCAACGCCUCCGUUAGAGACCUCCUCAACAGCCUCUGCAAGGAGCUGCUGGGCGCCGAGACCCCGCCGGAAUACUCGAGCGGGAGCCUCCUCCUCCACGCACAGGGGUUCAUAAAGGCGUUCGAACUCCAGCGGUUGCCCUCCUAUUCCUCCAACCGCACCGCCGCCGCCGGCAGCGGGGGCGGCGGCAGCGGGGGCAGCGGGGGCAGCGGUCGUCGUCCUGGUAAAGCGGUCGCCGCGGCGGCGGCGGCGGCGGGGGGAGGCGGGUCGGGGACGGUUGUGGACGGGGUGGACUACUCGAUGGUAGAGCAGAAGAGGACGGUGGCGCGGCGGCUCUUCAUCUUCCUUCACAGCAUCGACGGAGAAAAGCUGAGGAACGAGGACUCGCAGGAGGCCCUGGCCGAGCUGUCGGCCUCUAGGUACGUGCACCUCGUCGCCUCGAUGGACCACGUCAACGCCCCCCUGAUGUGGGACGUCGGGCUGUCCGAGAAGUUCAACUGGCUCUUCCACAAGACGCACACGUACAAGCCCUACGUCGAGGAGGUCCGCAGCCGACGCAACUGGUGCACGAUCGAAGGCGAGGUGCAGGCGCUGGAGCGGCUGUCGCAGGUGAUGAAGGCCCUCACCCCGAGGCACGUGGACGUGGUGGUGUGCGUGGCGAAGAAGCUCAAGGACAACCCGGGGUUGCAAGGCAAGUGCAACUACAGGGACGUCUUGUCCAAGCUCAAGAGCGACCUCUCAGCCGACACGAGCCAGGUUCUGGACGGUCUCCUCGUCGAGCUUAAGGACCACGACGUGAUCGUGGAAGAGAAGACCGGGAAUUCCAGGUUCCUUUCCAUUUCCGGAGGGCCUGAGGUCGUUGACUUCCUCGCGGCGUACAAGCGUUAGACGGAAAAGGCGAACCUAGCGAUCGUGUGCCUCAAGAACCCCAUGCGGCACGGGAUGGAGACGGGGGGCAUCAGCGCUGUUAAUAUCGACGAGGCUUCUAACGCCGCCUUUUGUGUUUAAGAGGAUGCGCCCCCGCCUCCCUGGAGAAGUCGGCGUGUCCUGCCUCCGACCAAACCAUCGUACGUGCUUUUGGAGCCGCUACAAGGCGCCAGCUCUUUAGUUUAUUUUCAAGAGGUAUUGUUCUCAGUUUCGACGGAAAACGAGGAGAGAGAUAUUGAGACAUGUGUUUGUCGAGAUGGUGCUCGUUUUCCGUACUUUUUGUUUUUUUGUUACACGGCGCCGGGCACCACCAGCUCCACCACUCCUUUCGGGCGAGGGCACACCUUGCCUCUUUUCGGCAGCUUUUGCCGCCGAUAACUAUCUCUCUUUUGCUCGGUCCCUGCGGCGGGCAACCAACAACCCUUUUUUUUUGUAGUAUUUCGCGUUUGUCCUUGUCAGCGGGAGACGCUGGGCGUACGGCCAUCUGUUGUCCGGUGUGUUGGUAACACCCUAUGGUCUUGUCUGGUCGUGGCGUGCGGGCGGGUGCUCAGGCUGGCUUGGAGGUAGCCUUGAUGUCACCUUUGUAUCCUAUGGAGGUUCAUAUUUGGUCGAGUAGAUCAUGCGUGCGAUUGUACAACGAGCGCGUAGUUUACCAUGUUUGGAGGUG